AUGGAAGGAGGAAAUGAGACAUUAACAACAGAUUUUAUUCUCACGGGACUCUUCCCCAAUAUGAAGUAUGUCACUUUCCUCAUAUACACGAUUAUCUUCAUCUACCUUGUUGCUGUCACUGGGAACUUCAUCCUGCUCCUCCUCACAUGGAUGGACUUGAGGCUGCACACCCCAAUGUACUUUCUGCUCAGUCAACUCUCUCUUGUCGACCUGGCCCUCAUUAGUAGCACUGUUCCAAAGAUGGCCUUCAACUUUUUCUCUGGAACAAAGAGCAUCACCCGGUUUGCCUGUGGAACCCAAAUCUUCUUCUUCUUUACCUUGGGAGGUGCUGAAUGCAUCCUCUUGACCCUUAUGGCCUAUGACCGUUAUGUAGCUGUCUGUAAUCCCCUGAGAUAUGCAGUUCUCAUGAACCACGGGGUCUGCCUGCAAAUGGCCAUAGUAUCGUGGAUUGGUGGCAUCCUCGUGGCCAUAGUUCAUACAUCCUACACCAUGAACCUGCCAAUCUGCAGAUCCAGAGAAAUCCACCAUUUCUACUGUGAGAUGCCAGCAAUUAUGAAGAUUUCAUGCAAAGACACGUCCAAAUAUGAGCUGGUGGUCUUUGUGCUGGGUGUUAUUUUUAUCAUCAUCCCCUUUGGACUUAUCAUGACUUCUUAUACCCUCAUCUUCCUCACUGUUCUUCGUAUGAACCCUCCCCAAGGCAGGAACAAGGCCUUGGCCACUUGCUCCUCCCAUCUUACAGUGGUAAGUCUUUAUCUGGGACCAUGUGUUUAUAUGUAUAUGACACCAGGUUCCUCUCACACCCCUGAGCAGGAGCAGGCUGUGUCUGUGUUUUGCACUGUCCUCACACCCAUGUUAAACCCUGUCAUCUAUAGCCUGAGGAACAAGGACAUAGUAGCAGCUCUUCAGAAGCUCCUGAGAAAACCUUCAGUAUCUAAAGAGAAUGCAUAA